CAACGGGGGGCCAUUUAAUAAAUGUGUUGCCUGAUUAUGCUCUCUUUGGCUCUGCUUAUUUAUAAGCGACAUUGUUUGCCAUCUCUUCUCCAACCUUAACUCUAUAUUCCUUUCCUUGAGUUUGGCUUCCAUGGUGGUUCGUCUUGUUACAGUGCUGUUCUUUGCUUUGGCUCUUUCUGGGGUUCAGCUCUCAACUUGCCAUGUCCUCAAAGGGAACCUCACUUGCCUUGAUUGCAGUAGCCAUUAUGACUUCUCAGGCAUCAAGGUUGUAGUGAAGUGUGCUAAUGUAAAAAAGUUAGCUACAAGCACAGCAACAAGUGAAGGCUCCUUUGAGGUUGAGCUUCCUAUAGAGAGUAGCUCAAGUACUCCAUUGAAUUGCGUAGCCAAGAUAGUGGGUGGUUCAAGCCAGAUGUAUGCCUCAAGGAAGAAGAUGGUGUCAAGGAUUGCGAGAAGCCAAGAAGAUUCACUCCUCUUGCCUUCUCCACUACAUCCCCUCCACUUGGGAAGCUAAAGGGCAUAGAUUCCUCCAAGACAGUUGAUCUGCCUCUCCCAAGGGAAUGGGGGUUGGCACCUUCUAGCUAUUAUGUUCCUUUCUUUCCCAUCAUUGGAAUCCCUUGAUGAUUAGCUACCUAUAUAUGCAAGGGUUAUCUAUAAUAUUUAUGUGGCUUUGAGUAUGAUGAGUAUUUAGCUCUUGUAUAUGUUUGUUCAAGUGAACUGUAUCAACAAUAUUGAAAGCUAUAAUUAGUUAGUACUUUAGCCACAGUCUCAUGCAAUUCUAUAUGCAAAUAUCAAGUCUAAUUAAU